AUGAUGACACCGGAGCGCCACAUCAUUGACCCGCCCCCGAUUUAUCGCAUAUCGGAGCUCCACCUGCCAUACACACUCAAGACCUACCAGCGCGACCCGCUCACGCGCCGUGGCGAUCCAACCCUCAAAUCGGUCUCACCCCUUGGGAAGUACCCUGUCAUUGUUGUUGGCAACGCUGUGCUCGUGGAGCAUUUCGGCGGCCGGGCCGACGCACCGGGACUCGUGCCGCCGCGCUGGGCCGCGGGACAGGAGGGCGCCGCAGGCGGGGAAACUGCGGCACGGCUGCGAUACCGGCAUUUGCUGCAUUAUGCCGAGGGUUCCCUGAUGCCGCUGUUGGUUGUGAAUAUGAUUGUCACUAACGUUCAGGCGCCAGAGGUUACGGCGACGAUCCAGAAGGGAUACACGGAGCCGAACCUCAUGUCACACUUCCAAUUCAUCGAGGGCUUACUGUCGGACGGCGGCCAUACCUUUGCGGAUCGACCCUUACCUGCGAGUUGCCUUGUGCAGAUAUUCUUAUCAGCUUCCCUCUCAUCGUCGCUGUCAAGGGCAAAGGCCAUCGACCGAACGUGCUCACUCUGGACGCACAUCCACACAUCUUUGCCUAUCAUAGCCCAUGUGGAGCUCAUUCAGCAGGAGGCAGGUUAUCAGCGUGCGGUGAGCAAGAUAGUGAGCGUCCUCGGAGAGAACAAGGUCACGCCUGAAGAUGACUAG